AAGGGGGGAGCUGCUUCCGGGUGAGCCGCCCCGCCCCCACGUGGGCCCCGGGAGACUAGAACGCGCUACGGCGGUGGCGGGAGCGGCAGCUGGGAGCCCUUGAGGAAGCAGAGCUGAGCGCACAGCCGAUGCCCUGGGAGUCCACACUGCCCACCAUGCAGCCCCAGUCGGUUCUGCACAGUGGCUACUUCCACCCACUGCUUCGCACCUGGCAGGCAGCCGCCUCUCCCCUCAGCGCCUCCAACCUCAUCUAUCCCAUCUUUGUCACGGACGUUCCCGAUGACGUACAGCCCAUCGACAGCCUCCCAGGAGUAGCCAGGUAUGGUGUGAACCGGCUGGAAGAGAUGCUGAAGCCCCUGGUGGAAGAGGGUCUGCGCUGUGUCCUGGUCUUUGGAGUCCCCAGCAGAGUCCCCAAGGAUGAGCGGGGUUCUGCAGCCGACUCCGAGGACUCCCCGGCUGUCGAGGCCAUCCGCCUGUUGCGCAAGACCUUCCCCAGCCUCCUGGUGGCCUGCGACGUCUGCUUGUGUCCCUACACCUCUCAUGGUCACUGUGGGCUCCUGAGCAAGAAUGGGGCAUUCCAGGCUGAGGAGAGCCGCCAGCGGCUGGCGGAAGUGGCACUGGCCUAUGCCAAGGCAGGAUGUCAGGUGGUAGCCCCAUCGGACAUGAUGGACGGACGUGUGGAAGCCAUCAAGGAGGCUCUGAUGGCCCAUGGACUUGGCAACAGGGUAUCAGUGAUGAGCUAUAGUGCCAAAUUUGCGUCCUGUUUCUACGGACCUUUCCGGGAUGCGGCUCAGUCCAGCCCAGCCUUUGGAGACCGCCGCUGCUACCAGCUGCCGCCGGGAGCCCGAGGCCUGGCCCUCCGAGCAGUGGCCCGGGACGUACGGGAAGGAGCCGACGUGCUCAUGGUGAAGCCGGGCAUGCCCUACCUGGACAUCGUGCGGGAGGUGAAGGACAAGCACCCUGAGCUCCCACUUGCCGUGUACCACGUUUCUGGAGAGUUCGCCAUGCUGUGGCAUGGAGCCCGGGCCGGGGCGUUUGAUCUCAAGGCUGCUGUCCUGGAGGCCAUGACCGCCUUCCGCCGCGCAGGUGCUGACAUCAUCAUCACCUACUACACGCCUCAGCUGUUGCAGUGGCUGAAGGAGGAGUGAUGGCGACCACGUACAAGAGCAAUAGCUAGAACUUUUAAAAGGUUCCGGGGCCUUGGAGAAGUGAAAACCAAAGUAAAUGCUGCUUUAGAACUGUGCCCUCAUGCCCUCUUCCUACUCACGUGCUGGCAGGCGCCCAGCAGCCCUGGGUGCUUUCUGCCAGCCUGCCCCCCUCUUACCACUCGAGCCUCCCAGGCUCCCCCAGGCUUCCCCAUGCCCCCGCUGGGUCGGCUCUUUCGUCUGGCGUGGCCUCAGCUUGAACGCCACCAGGAGGUAAGGGCGCAGGCUUGGUGGGGCCUUGGAGGGGGGCUUGGCGUGUUAGGGGUAGAGGAGGGCAAGUUGCACCUUGUAUCAUGAGAAGCUCUGGAAAGCCUGAGGCCUCUGGCAGCAGAACUGGGCGCCGGGACGGAGGCCUAGAAUGACAUCUUCAGGUUUAGAGUUGAGAUUUGCCUCGAUUCCACUGGAAGGUGAUUCCCACACAGGCCCAUGUUGCCAGGCUGCCUGAGAUCUCCUGUUCUGCUCUCAGCCAUAUACCCAGAGAAGAGUUACUUGUUAAUAGGCAGAAACACUGCCGGAGGAUCGAAAUUCAGAAGCAAAUAGAGUUUCUGAGUGCUGGAGAUGCCACCACCAAAAAAGCUUUUCUGUUGAAGAGAGAAUUUUUGAGAACAUCUGCUCAGUGCCCAGAGAUGAUGCUGGGUACUGGGGAUAUAGCAGGACAGAUCUCAGCUUGUCUCUAUGCAAGGAGAAUGGGGAGACAGACGACAAUAAGAAAACAAAGCAAUUACAAAUCAUAAUUAGUUCUUUGAAGGAAAGAAAGGGUCUGAGACAGCAUAAUUGACCAAGGGCGUCUCCUGAGAGGGUGGUCCAGAAGCCCUCCCUGAGGCUGAGGGACAAGAAAGGCUCUUUCCAGAGAGCGAGCAUCAGAAGCCACAAGAAUGACACAAAGUGUGCAAAGGUCCUGCAGCGGGAGGAGCCUCCCAGCUGGGAGCAGGGUGAGGAAGCGGAGGAGGGGGACGGGACUGGAGGUUGGAAAGGUAGGCUGUACACCUUGUAGGAAGCUCGGUCUUCCUUUGCAUUGGGUAGAAGGCGAUCUGAAGGAUCUUAACUAGAAGUUACGUGUGUUCCCCUUCCCCCAGUCUGCUGCUGCGUGAAAAGGAAAGGGUGAGCGAAAAAGAGGUUGGUUGGGAGGCGCCUGGAGACCCCGCGGAGGACUGACAUUGGCCUGGACCCGGGUGGUGGCGGUGGAGAGAGGAGGAAGUAGGUGUAUGUUCAGGAUACGUUCCCAGAGGCAGAAUGAGCAGGUUUUGCCUAAACUGUAAGUCCAGGGAACAGGAGGAAACAAGGAUGCCCUCAUGGGUUUCUAGCUUGAGCCCCUGGUUGAGUGCUUUCUUCCAAGACUCACGUCAUGUCUCCCCUAGUAAAAGGUAAGGCCCAGCUAAGGGCCUUUGCAAGUCCACCUUCCCAUCUGCAAAGUGACAAAUCCCAAAUCUAGGGCCAAAGCAAGCUCAACUCAGACCUUAAAGCAGUACAAUCCAUUUUAAAAUGUAGAAUUAUAGGGGCACCGGGGUGGCUCAGUCAUUAGGCAUCUGCCUUUG